AUGUCUAACUCAGUGGCUAAUUUUCUAAAAUCGUUAAAGAAACAACCUUUGCAGUUGAGAAACCAAAUCAGAAUCUCAUGCGGUAAUGAGUCUGCAGAUUUGGAUUCUGUUGCGUCUGCGAUUUCUUAUGCUUAUCUAGAACAUAUCUGGGCCAACUCUAAUCCUUCAGAAGCUAUCAUUCCAAUAAUUAAUAUUCCUCAAUCUGAUUUGAUUUUAAGAAAAGAUAUCAUUCUCAGUCUAAACCGAUUGAACAUUUCUGUUGAGGAUCUAUUCUUUAGAGAGGAUUUGAUUAGUUUCAAAAAAACAAACUCAAAUUGUAUAGUUAAUGCUAUACUAUUAGACCACAAUGAAAUCCCAAAACAUACUGCACCAUACAUUGAUAACGUUGUCGGGAUUAUUGAUCAUCAUGCGGAUUCCAAAUUAUAUCUGAAUGCAAACCCCAGGAUCAUAAAAGUCACUGGAAGCUGUACUUCUUUAAUCUUUAAGUAUUGGUAUGAGAAAAUCCAGCCAUCAACUAGACCAUUAUUGAAAAAUGUGGCCCCCUUAUGCUUAUCUGCUGCAGUUCAAGAUACGGCUAAUUUUAAACGUAAAAUCGAGGAGGCUGAUUUAGAAGUAGCCCCCAUCUAUCGUGAUUUAUUACCUGAAUUACAAUUUGAUUUGUUCUAUAAUGAUCUGAAUGAAGCAAAAGUUGACAUUAAAGGUCUAUCCACAAUAGAUAUCUUAAGAAAGGAUUAUAAAGAAUUUGCCUUUCCAGAUGGUAAAGGCGACGAUUUAAUUGUUGGUAUUGCUUCUGUGGUGAAGAAUUUAGAUUGGCUUUAUGUUAAUACGAAUGAAUCACAGUCAAAAGAACUUUUCAUUAAGGAUUGCCAACAAUAUUUAAUAGAUAAAAAAUUAACAUUUCUUAUGAUAAUGGCAAACAAUCGUGAUCCAAAGAAAUUUGAACGUCAAAUUGCGUUUAUUUUUGAUAAGAAAAUGGUCGGGAAUAUCGUUGAUAAAGUAAUUAGGGAUGUAGCCGAAUAUUUAGAUUUAAAACCAUUUGAUGAUUCAAACACUAAGGACUCUUAUAUAUCGUUCCAUCAAUUGAAUGUAAAGGCAAGUAGAAAACAAGUAGCCCCAGCUAUCAAACAGGCUAUUUCAAAAAUAUAA